GGCCCGCCGGGCGCCGCGGCCUGCGGGCGCCGCUGGUUGGCGGCGGGGGGACACGUGAGCGAGGAGGCGGCGGCAGCGGCGGCGGCAGCAGCGGGAGUUUCCCCGACAGCUGGAGGUUGCGGCGGCGGCUCCUCCUCCCCGGGUCCCCGCUAGAGCCCAGAGACCCCCCGCGCUCCUCCUUAUUGACAAACGCACAAAGGGCCGCGUCGGGGCCGGGCCGGGACGCGUCUGGAGCCGGCAUGGGAGACAAGAAGAGCCCGACCAGGCCGAAGCGGCAGCCGAAACCCUCCUCGGACGAGGGGUACUGGGACUGCAGCGUCUGCACCUUCCGCAACAGCGCCGAGGCCUUCAAGUGCUUGAUGUGCGACGUGAGGAAGGGCACCUCCACACGGAAACCUCGACCUGUCUCUCAGCUGGUUGCACAGCAGGUUCCUCAGCAAUUUGUGCCCCCUACACAAUCAAAGAAAGAGAAAAAAGACAAAGUAGAAAAGGAAAAAAGUGAAAAGGAAACAACAAGCAAAAAGAACAGUCAUAAGAAAACCAGGCCAAGGUUGAAAAAUGUGGAUCGAAGUAGUGCUCAGCAUUUGGAAGUUACCGUUGGAGAUCUGACAGUCAUUAUUACAGACUUUAAGGAGAAAACUAAGUCACCACCUGCUUCCAGUGCUGCUUCUGCAGAUCAACACAGUCAGAGUGGUUCUAGCUCUGACAACACAGAGAGGGGAAUGUCCAGGUCAUCUUCACCCAGAGGAGAAGCGUCGUCACUGAAUGGGGAAUCUCAUUAAAGUUUAUUUCCUCCAGGUUCAUUAGUCUCUUCAAAACAUGCAAAUAUGUAAGUUCUGUCACCACAUUUUCAUGACAGAUUAGUCAUGCAUAAUUAAUAUGUUGACUGGAACACAAUGCAGUUUGAAAAAAAGAAAGAAAAUAAGUGCAGUGAUGGAAACAGUAACAGCAUGAAGCUGAGUCAGGGGAGGUUUAGGUUAGAUACCACAGAAGUUUUCUCACCCAGAGGGUUGUUGGGCACUGGAACAGGCUCCCCAGGGAAGUGGUCACAGCACCAGCCUGACAGAGUUCAAGAAGUAUUUGGACAGCCCUCUCAGGCACAUGGUGUGACUCUUGGGGCUGUCCUGUGCAGGGCCAGAAUUUGGACUCAAUGAUCCUUUUGGGUCCCUUCCAACUCAGCUUAUUUUGUGAUUCUAUAAUAACUUAAAUGCUAUCUACAAAUGCUUAUGAAGCAUCUUCAGAACAACUUUUUAAUCUACAUGUGUAAGGGUGCCAUGAAAAUGUGGUUUGAAUGUGCAUUAUACAGUGUUAUUGCUAUGUCCAUUUUCACUUUUAGUUUAGUGAAUUCUAACAAAACUCUUGGAAUCUCUACUAUUGGCAUGUACUGAAUUUAAAUUUUAUAACAUAGUUCAAGCUGCCUAAAUAUGUAUUAUUUGAGAAUUGUGAAACAUAGUUAUAUGUAUGCAAGUCAAAGAUCAACUUUAUCAAUUAUUGCUGCAACAGAAUUUUCAUAAUAAUUAUCUUCUUAAAAACACCUGCUGGUACUUGGUGUGGUUAAAUAGGAAAAAUGUUAUUAAAGAAAACAUUUGUAUGGAUUUUUGCCAAUGUUUGACACAUUUUACUAGAUUACUGUUACUGAAUUAUGUUGAUGGUUUUACCAAUAUUUUUUGACACUUAAAACACUUAUUGUAAUGUUUACAAGCAAAAUAGAAAACACAUUCUAAGCAUUGAUUAGUUAACCUUGCAAUUCAGGUAAAGUACUGCAUUGUCGCUGUACACUGGUAUUUUGUGUUGUGUAACAAAUACUGAACCUCAGAUGGUGAUGCAUUUGGCAAAAACUAUUUGGAAAUAUGAAAGUUUGGAAAAGCUUUAAAAAGAACAGAUCUGCAGUUCUUGUUUCUUCUUAGUGCUGUUUCCUUGCCCCAGAUUUUUCUAGUGUCACAUAGUCACUUAUUUCAGUGCAGGAAUAUCAGAUGUUGCACAAGAAUAAGGGAAUAACAAUUCUAUUUUUUUUUUCGUUCCUGAGUCAAUUUCUUUAAUAUUGAAUUGGCCUGUUAGAAUAUAUUAUGGCAUAAAUAAUUUGAAAAAUACUCACUAUAUUACUUUAUGGCAUAAGCUGUCAACAUUUACGCACUUAGCAAUAUACUGAUAAAGAGCAGAGCUAUUUACAAUACCAUCUGGUAUUAUGUAAAAUUACCAAUAAAAUAUUUUUGUGAAUACAGAUUUUGCAUUUUUGUUUACAGCCAAUAAGUGUUUUGAUACAUACAUACAAUUCAUGUAUAGAUUUUAAAUUAUAUAUUCUGGUUCAGUACAAAAGUCCAUUUAGCUCCUUUUAGUGAGGUAGGGCACUUACACUCCUGUGAGCCUUUUCUUUUUCAUUCAAAGUAAAUAUAUUUUUAAGCCUAUGUCAAAGUUGGAUGGACCUUCUUGGUAGUGAAUCCAGCCCCAAAUUAUUACCCACAUAUGAUAUGUCUUCUUGACAGCUUAAAAUAAUGGAUUUUUGUAGCCCCUGACAAUUGUGAUGUUUGGUGGUUUCUUGUAGUAAUGUAUUUUUCUGUUUUUAAUGCAGUACUUCUACAGGCACAAUGGUACUGUUCUAUUUUGUAAGAUGCUAGUUGUGAAAUACAGUUAGUUGCAUAAAAUGAGAGUCUGAUGUGAUAUCUGAGAACAUACAUACCUCAUUCCUUGGUGUUGCUGUUUAAACUUUUUAGACAUCAAAUGUUAAUUAUAGGCUGUUUCAGAUGGAUAACUACUGACCUGUUUAUUAUGUAUUCUGCUUUAUCUUACUAAAAAUAGAAUGUCUGUUCCUUGCUGUUACCUGGCCAAAUUUAGUAUCUGUAAAACAUGCUUUUUAAGGUUCUUAAAUGUUUUUGGGGCCGGGCUAGUGUUCAGAUUAACAUACACUAGCUUUUAAAAGAAAAAAAUACAUGCUUCUCUACUUUAUUUUUUUAUAUUUUAUUUUUAGGUGGGACUAUUUGCAGACUAUACUGAUGUAAUGGAUUACAAAAGAGCUGAAACUGUUUAAAGCAAGCAGUUUAAGGAUAGUAAAUCUCAUUGCAAGAAGUUUUAUGAAAUGUGUUUCUAAUUUGAAAUGUAAUGAAUGCUAACACAUUUCAGAAUUCCUUGCAAAGAAAUAGUAAUCUAUUACCAGUAAUUCACUAAAUGGGAAUUGUAUUUUUAUUUAAGUUUAUGUGAAUAAACCACCCAGCAUUGCCAACAAAAGAAUUCUAUCUUCAGAAUUAAGUAGCUAUUUGGUUUGAAAGGAAGGAUGGAGCGGAUUUUACUGUGAUUCAACUGUCUCUAGAGAAUAAUCUCAAAAAUGUGGUACAAGUGUGGUUAUCAAAAACAAUGCAGAAAGUCUCACUGUUUGUUAUGGAACAAGACAUUGAAGAGCAAUUUCUACUACAUGUGCUACAGAAGUCAGGUAGGAUCUUAAAAGCUGUGGUGGUUUUAACUGAACAAUUAGGUUGCCAUUGUUUUAUUGCAAUUAUGCUUGUUUUAGCAUUAAGCAAAGUUGAGUUUUUGCCUGUUUGAUGAUUAAAAGAAUAUGACAAUACUGACAGCAGAUUAGACAAAUUCUAAGCAAAAUACUGCAUUUGAGUCUGUUAAUAAUAUAAUUUAAAUGAACUUCACUUUCAUAAUUUCUAAAUAAUUUUGACUUGUAGUAAUCCUAAGUCCUUUUUUCUAACUGUAAAUAUAUUUAAAAGCAUCUUUACUCCAUUUAUAAAAUGUGAAAUUUUAAUGUUGUAAUGUGUUCUGAUUAGCUAUUUUUCUCUGUGAUUGCUCUCUGCAUAAGAACUGUUAUUUGUUAAAUCUAUAUAUGCAUCAGUCUUCAACAGCCAUACAUCCUGGGAUAUUCAUGAAAUGGUGGCCCCACAAGGACAAGCAUGAUAGUGUUCCAUGUAAAUGAGUUCCUUUAUGUGCUGAUUGAUUGUCUGGUUUCAGAAAGGAAAUGGGGGGAAAUUAAGUAUAAAUAGUUCAUUUAUAAAGUGUACAGUAAUUCAGUCUCUUAUCUUCCUAACUUACUAUUAAUUAUAGGUGGUAUAAGAAAAAGAACAAAUAUACAGUUGACUGAUCUCUUUUUUCAUGAAUUUAAAUCUACGUAUUGGAUAUAAAAAUUCUUCUACUCAGUAGCAGGUUGGAUUAUACCAUAUAAAAUCUUGAUUCCAACAAAAGAGGUAGUAAUAAAUAAAUGACAUUUCAAAAUUUAAAAUUCCUGCUAUUAAGAGUCAAUAAUUAAGAAUAUGACUGAAGUUUUAACCUAUUAUGUGUUUAUCUAAAUAUUUGAUGUUUUGGAGCAUAGAUUGUAAAACCGCAAAAAUAGUUUGAUUUUAUAAUUCGUGCACUUAACAUUUUUUUUAAUAUUAUGAAUAGCACAUUUUCAAGUAGCCAUGCGAGACAGUACUUUCUAGAAUUUGUUCAAUUGGUUCACCAUAGUGUUUAGGCAGGUCUUCUAAACUUCACAUCUUGCAUCCUAAAUUCUUUACUUUUUUCCUCUCCUGUCUGGAAAGCCUGACAGUUUCCUAUGUUUUGCUGAUUGAUUUUACUUUGUUAAUAGGAUUGAUUUGGCAUGAAACUGUCUAUUGUGUACUUUUAUCCAGGGUUCUUUAACUAUAUCUGUUUGGGUUUUUUUUUCUGUGAAAUGCCUUUAUUUGGCUCUUCUCCCUCCUAGGGAGUCUGGGUAUAAUUCAUUCAAAAUCAGAAACUGUAGGGAAAUAGAAAGGCAUUUACAUUUAAUUUCUCUAAAGGCAACAGCAAGUGCUAUACUUAUAGUAAAUUUAGCCUGUUCUCACUCAGGAAUAAGAUAGAAAAGAUAAAAAGCUAAUGCUGGUUUUGGCUAGUGGACCAGUCAGUCAAAUAUGGCAUUUUGAAAAUGCAUACUUCUAGCUCAAUGUUAAGAUUUUGGUGUGCUGGAAACACAGCUUGAGCUUUCAGAGGUUUUCUUAACCUGAAAUUAUGCCCCAACUUAUGUUAGAGCAGUCUCAGUUUGAAAGGUUAUUACUUCAAACUAGCAAAAACUGUACAGUAAAAUCAGUCAAACUAUAGAAGUUCAGAUGGUUUUCUUUUGUGCUGUUAAAGUUUUAAAAAGAGGAGAAACUGUUAAAAGAUACUUAGAAGACUUGUCUAAGACCACAAUCAUAUUGAGCUUCGCUUGACAUCUAAAGAACCUGUUUUAACAAGAAUUAACAGGAUUUAACCACUAAUUAAACUUCAAAAAUUACUUCAUAAGUUAAUUACAAAUUAGUGCUCUGUAGAAAUGGUUGUAACUUCCUGUCUAGAAUGGAGUAAAUGGUACAACAGCAAUGGAAAACUGCAUGCUUGCUGGAAAAUACUAUUUUCCAACAGCAAGUGAUCUUUACAUGACUUUGCUAAGACAUUAUGCCAAAAGAUUGUGAUAUGUCUGUGAACGAGGCUUAAACUGUACCAUUAGAUGCAAAGAAUUAAAGAAAAUGCAGUGAAAAAAACAAAUUAUUUUCAGAACCUAGAGUCUUAAUAAUGCAGGAGCUUAUUACAGCCUCUAUUUAAUUGUGUUGGUAAAAAUUAAUAAAAACAAACUACGACUGAAUCACUCUGAUGUAUUCAAUCCUAAUCUUGCCCCUUUUAUUUUGGGAGACAGAUAAAAGUCAUCAGAAUGAACUUGCUCUGUCUGCUAAUGGUAGAUUUUAAGAGCAGACAGUUUAAUGGGCACAGGAAAUUUUAGGUGUACUUUUAAGAAGUUAAAUGUGGAAGAUGAAGGGCAAAAGCACAUUCCAUAGCUCUUAAUGAUUAUUAUUAAGAAUGAUUACAAGAGAUUGCCGUUCUGUUUGGGUUUUACAAAAGACAAAAUUGUAACCUUAUCUAAUCACUUUUUGUCCUAUAUGCUUAAAAAGAAAAUUGGCACAAGAAAAAAAAAUAUUGUUCAGUAACAAUAUUCUGAAAAGUAGUUCCAGAAUUUUAAUUAUUUUCUAGAAAGUAUGGCAUAUCUUGGCAGAUUGAGGACUAUUUGAGCAGGACUAUGUUUUCAGGAGCUAUGCCACCUGGAAAAGUGUAGUCUUUGGUUACACUGUUUCCUGUCAUGGUUUAACCCCAGCUCACAAGUAAGUACCACACAGCCCUUUAUGCAUUCUCCCUCUGUGCAGUGAGGGAGAAAGUUCGAAGAGUAAGGGUCAGAAAACUCAUGCAUUGGGAUAAAGACAGUUUAACAGGUAAAGCAAAAGCUGCACAUGCAAGCAAAGCAAAACAUUCACUACUUCCAGUGGCCAGGCAGGUGUUCAGCCAUCCCCAGGAAAGCAGAGCUCCAUCACAGGUAACAGUGACUGGAGCAGACAAACACCAUCCCUCCAAAUAUCCCCCUCUUCCUUCUCCUUCCCCCAGCUCUGUGUGCUGAGCACAACACACGGUCUGGGAUAUCCCUGUGGUCAAAUGGGGUCAGCUGUCCUGGCUGUGUCCCCUCAUAACUCCUUGUGCACCCCCAGCCUCCUCACUGGUGGGACAGUAGGAAAAGCAGAAGAGGCCUUGACUCUGUGUUACCUCUGCUCAGCAACAGCUGAACUAUCUCUGUGUUAUCAACAGUGUUUCCAGCACUAAUCUAAAACACAGCCUCAUGCCAGCAACUCUUAAGAAAAUUAACUAUGCCAGCCAAAACCAGCACAUCUGUGUAUAAAUACUGAUCUUGGUCAAAGCAAAGUGAAAGUGCUUCCUCAAGCUUUUAAGACAUGUAGCUGUAGACCAAUGGAGCUCUAAUUUACAGUGGAGUUACUGAGAAGAUAGCUGAGGAAAGGAGACUAUUAAUGUAUUUUUUGAUAACUUGCUAACCACAUGCAUGUAAUUUUCCUCUUCUGUAUGACGAAGCAAAAGGAUGCAGAAAAAGGAAAUAAAUGUAACCCAGGCUAAUGAAAUGUGGCUCAUUAGCCUUUUCCCAAGAUUACUAGAGUCUACAAACUGCAAAUUCUGGUUCAAAGAUAGUCCCAGGUAUUUGUCACUAAAGAAGGAUGGAGUUGUUAAAUCACUUUGCAUCUGUUAAGACAAGCGAGGGGCAAGGCCAGUUCUACUUUCUGAAUACCCACUUUGCGAACAUAGAGAUCUAAUUUUCCAUUUAUAUGCAUCUAAUAUAUAGCUGUCCUCCAUAAAUAAUCUAUUUCAAGCUGAUUCUUCUUUGCACAGAAUAAAUAAAAAUGCUUCAAUGUCAAGCCCGGUUCCUGAUGGCACAGAUCUCUGAGCAGGAAUGUCUGGCAUCUGACUGAUCAUCUCUUUCUGUAACAGCCUUCAGCUAUGAAUUAAUCUAGGCAAGGGAAAUCUCUUCAGGUUACAUGUAUUAUCAUUACUCCCACCUCUGAAGGAAACACAUUCUGAUUCCUGAUACCUUUUUCUCCCUUUUCUUUUAUUUCUCUUAAGUACAUUUAUAGUAUAAGUGGAUGCAGUGAGUUUGAAAUCACUUAUUAUGCCUGCUUUUCUAAGUGGGGAAUUUGACUGCUGUUCCCAGUUCUUGAACUAUAUUUUGGUUUCUUUAAGAUCAGCAUGGUCAUACAGAAUAGUGGUAUGUGGGAGCUGAGAGGUCAAUUUCAAUUUUGUCACUGUUGUCUUUGUUUCUACAUAAUUGAUGAACUAAAGAGAUUCUUGCUGAGCAUACUUACACUGAUUCUGUACCAUUCAAGCACUCUGUCUGAGAUACCUGGCAUUCUGGGACGCCAAUUAUCUGCGUUUCUGCAAAUGGUAUUAUUCUAUGCUGGGAGGCUUCUAAAUGUGGCAAAAUAAGCAGAAUUCUUUCCAGCUGAUGGAGGCAAAUGUUGCCAAGUAAAAUGCUUUUAGUCCCCACUGGAGAAGGAGAUCUGAGGAGCAUGCACAGAUACUGAGUGCUUUCUCUGCUUUCCUGUGGAAAUUCCAAGUAGGAAGCUUCUGUUUCUAAAAUGUCAAACACCUUCAAAAACUCUCAGUCCAACAAAAAACCAGAGUAAUAAGAAGGGGGGAAGGAAAUGUAUUUUCAGAAUAAUCCCUAGAAGAGCCAUAUAAUGGCUUCUUUGUCUUUUUUGUCUGUUUAGUGUUCCUUUCUCUGUGUACUGUAUUGGAAGUAGGCAACACACACUUCUUAGAGAUGUGUCUUGCUUUUUAAUUCUUGAUGGCUGUUGGUUGAAUGACGUUUGGCCUAAAGAUGUAGGGUUUUGUGAAUUAAAUAGUAAAUACUAUGAAUAUUUCACUCUUGCAUACAAGUUACUUAUUGAAAGGGUGGAAGUUCAGAUGAAAAAGUUAGGAACAAAAUUAAUUCCUCUCAUACAAUUAGCUACUACACAAUUUUAAAGGGUCUAAUUCCUGGACUGAUAAGAAAAAUAUAGCUUUAUGUUGCAAGGGUGAUAUAAACCUAGACUAGAAUGGAUGUGGCUUCUGAAGAGUUUUGUGGCCAGUAAUUCAUAUGGCUGUUUUCAGUGAUUAUUCCACACCUUAACCUGUUAAUCUUGAAGCAUUGUUAGAGCAUCCUCACAAACAAAUCAAAACUACCAACAGUACUGUCAGAUGCUCUUAAAAUUUACUAAGUGCCUUACACAGAGCAUCACUGAGGCAAUGAUUCAAUUGCAAGGAAGCUUGAUAAAAGAUUUACUCCUCUAGUUGAAGUCACAGGUUGUCGUGGUUGUAACCAAGGUGUUAUGUUCCUGGUUAUACACAUUAGAAUCUUACAUUUUAUUGCUGAUAUGCGUAGCUAAUAAAAAACAGUCCAGAAUUUUUUGAGGCUUUCAAUUUGUAAAACAUCCAUUGUUUGGAGGAGAUUUUUCUUCUAGCCAAUUGUGAUAGUCUACUGGAAUAUCACAGAAGUGAAUAAAACUUGUGAGUAUUUCUGGAUGCUUUCACACUUCUCAGUUUCUCAGUCAAGGACAGUAUUACCUUUCUUGGGAAGGGGUACCUAAGUUGUUUUUUUUCAUAGGGAUUAUGUUUAUCCAACUAGUUUUUUAAGGGUUUUAUUAUUAGAAAAAGGGCUUGUUAUUUUGAAAAUAAAAAUCUUACCUGCCAGGUGUCUUCCCCAAAAUGAGUAAGUGCCUUUUCUGUUCUGACUCUUAGAAGUAUUUACUUUGUCAGAUUGAAUCUGAAUGUCCUGGAUAAACCAACUAUUAAGUACCAAGUGUUACCAAUGGCUUGAAAUCCUUUCACUGAAACAACAGGAGACAGAUUGUAAGCCACUUGAAUUGUUUUGAGAUCUGAUGUUAUCAGAAGUUUUAUAACUGCUACGAAUAGUAUACUUCUAAGAACAAUGUAACUUUUCAGGAACUUGAUAUUGAUAGGAAAUAAAUAUUUAUUAGAAGAAGUAUAUUAAAUAAAUAUUUAUUUACCAAUUUGAGUAAAAGAAAAUGUUACACCAUGGGGGCAACAGUCUUGCUGUUAGCAGUCCUGACUACUUAAUGAAAAGUAAAACUGAGGCCCUGGACUCUAACUAUAAAAAGGGGUAGUAUUUGGUGAGAGAUUGGGACUGCAAAUCUUGUGUCCACAUUCUAAUAAAGUAAUUUCUCCUACCUAAGUUUUUACCAAUUCUCAAGCAGAAAAGAAAGCAUGAGCAUAUAUCAGUAAUAGGCCCUCUGGUUUAAUUGGUGCUGCUUCCUAUCUCUAGUGGAUUUUUUUUUAAAUUUUUUUUAAACUUUGCUCAGGACUGGUACAGCUGAAAGUAUAUUUUCCCUUCAUUCUUAAGCCUAGACUUUGAAUGGAGUUUCUCUGAGACACUUUUGUAGUGAAAUCGUAUUCCCUACAAACAUUGAAGACAAAAAUAAACAUCUCUGUGAAUGAAAGAUCUUGUGUGGUUGUAAUUUUUUAAUAUACACAAAUUUAAUUUAAAAAAUCUAAAGGUAACUCUAAGAAAAACAUAGUAUAUCGAUCUACUUAAAAGGUCUCUGUGUAGCACUCAGAAAGUACAAUUUGCAUCAUGAGAUGCUACAAAUUUUCUGUCUGGUAAACUAUGUUUAAUUCCAUCAUAGCACUCCUUUAAAGAUGACCAUACAUUAACCCAUUGGGAUACUGCCUCCAACUGACCUCUUCUUGACCUCAGUUCAAAGACUAUAUUAAGCAAUUUAAAAUUCUGAAAGCUUGGCAGGAAAGCUAAGGGGAAGUGUCUGGAAAGAAAGAAACAGAAGGAAUCACAGUGCAAAAACUAUUUUUUUCUAUGAUAAAUGUUACACAAUUAAUGAUAAUAGAAUAGAAUUGUUUAAAAAUUUACAUCCCUAUAGUUAUUUCACAUUGAUGAUAUAUUGUUGGUUUCAGAGAAGCAUAAAUAGAUGUUUUUGAUGCCUAGAAUAGUGCCACACAUUGAAAUGUCUUUCCCAGGAAUAAAUUAAUACUUCUUGCCUGCGAACAAUCUGACAAAGAAGUAUUUUUGGUGAAAACUAAUGUAAGUGGACUACAAUCUUGACUGGCAUUGGUGAUGCUUAAGGGUGUGUUAUGAUAAAACGGUAAAUAAAAUUAUUAAAUUGUUCAGAA